UGGGCGGAGAAAAGGGCGACUACAAAUACUGAUCGAGCGCCUUUGUAAGAAGAUUAGCACAGACUGAAGGAUAAACGACUGACAAAGGUCGAACAAACUCGGACGGACGCAAAGUUUUACAGAAAUCAGAUCUAACCAUGAAUAGAGACACAGAGAUCGACAUGAAGGAGGUCAUGCUCAAUGAGGGCGAGCUGGGCAAGCAGCUCAUCUCGGGCGACAGCCAGGCUGCAGGCGGAGAGAAAAAUGGCAGCAUCAAGAAGGUCGCCGAAGAUGAGGUGACAUUCACCGGCCUGUCCAAAGAGGAGCUGAUGAAGGUUGCUGGCACACCAGGAUGGGUGCGAACCCGUUGGAUUCUUCUCGUCCUGUUCUGGCUGGGAUGGGUAGGCAUGCUGGCUGGAGCCAUUGUGAUCAUAGUCCGGGCCCCUCGCUGCAAACCCAUCCCUCCGAUGAACUGGUGGAACGAAGGACCUCUGUACCAGGUCUCUGACGCUGAUGCUUUCUCUGAUGGACUGGCAGGUAUUGAGGCAAAGUUGGACAACAUAAACCAGUUGAAGGUGAAAGGCCUGGUUCUCGGCCCUCUUCACACCGUCCAGCCCAACCAGCCGAGCACCCUGAACUUUGAAGAUAUCGACCCCACCAAGGGAACAAAGAAAGCCCUCACUGAUGUGCUGGAAAAGGCCCACAAGAAGGGCAUUUCUGUGGUGCUUGACCUGACUCCAAACUAUUUGGGAGCUGCUCCCUGGUUCAGCAGCAGUGAUGUUGGUGAAGUGAUAGAGAAAGUCAAGGCUGCAGCGGAAUACUGGUUCAGCUUGGGUGUUGAUGGCAUCAAAAUAUCUGACCUCGAUGUCGCCUCCAACUCUGCUGAUUGGUCAAUGCUGCAGGCUGUCGUCCAGAACAAUGACACUGAGUCCACCAAGAAGAGGGCGCUGAUGGGUGUGGUUGAAGGUUUGUCAGCUGCAAAUGUGUCUCUGCUCGCUAAUACAACUGGUGUAGAUCUCAUCCUGUCUGACCUGCUCAACAGCAAAGAUGGAGGUGUGCGCAUCAAGGCCAUGGACACCCUUAGUUCUCAGCAGGCUAGCAUGGCCUGGGGUCUCGGUGCCACCCAACAGGACCAGCUGGCUAAACAGGCGACGACUCAGGGCCUAAUCCGUCUCUACCAGCUCCUGCUGUUCACCAUGCCUGGAACCCCGGUGUUUACCUAUGGAGACGAGAUCGGCCUUCAAGCAGGACAAGGUUCAGAAUCUCCGAAAAUGGUUUGGGACAUAGAGAAGGAACCUGCUGAAGGAGCUGCUGUCAAUGAGAGUACUGAGGCUGAGCGGAAGGAGCGCGUUGAUACAAGGAAGUGGUUCAUAUCCCUCAGCGACCUGCGAGGCAAAGAGCGCUCUCUCCUCCACGGCCAGUACUACCCUCUCUACUCUUCCGCUUCCUCCCUCUCUUUCCUCCGUGUGUGGGACCAGAGUGAGAGAUACAUCACUGCCGUCAACUGGGGAACCGCGUCUGAGACGCUCAAGUUCACACUGGCACCUACAGAGGAAGUAGAGUUGCCAGAGACAGCCAAGGUGAAGCUGUCAACUGACGAAGACCUGAAACCAGACACCUCUGUCAGCUUGGACAAAAUCACCCUCGGACCUGGACAAGCUGUGCUGCUGCAGUUCCCCUAUACAGGCUAAAGGUGGCGCCAACGUAUAGGAAAGCUACCUAGAUGAAAACCUAGUUAAUAAAACACUGAAGUCAGUCCUAAUCCUGAGAUAUGAGAUGGCAAAAAAUACAGGACUUUUCUUUUCACUGCAAAAAAUCUGACUUAAUAUCAGUUUAUUUAUUAAGAACAUAAAUGAAUUGGGUUAAAAAGAAACUGAAUGUUGGCCAGUACAAACUGAUGAUGAAUUCUUUUGCUUUUUAUAACAAAUGUCAGUUGUCACAUUUUGUUUUUUUUGUUUGUUUUUUUUUUGAUUGUUUUUUGGAGCUGGGAAAAGAUGCCGCAACCUCAGACACUGACUCAUCAAUUGAACAUUUUGUUCUUUUGUGAUCUUUUAUUGUUGACUGUUGUCUGUACAUUGUCCAAAAAUCUAAAAAAAACAUUCCAUUCUUGUUGUUUGGGCAUUCCUAUUGCGGUCCUUAUGUGAUUUUUUUAUUACAAAUUUUAAGACCUUUUUUUUUAAUGACAAUUUUACUUCAUGGCCCGUUCCAUCACAGAAACACAUUAAUCACGUAGUUAACGAUGAACAUGUGUGGUGACUCUGAAGUACUUUAACAGUGCUUGUAACCAAAAUUACUGCGAAUGGUGUCAAGUCUGUCAAACGAACCGAAUUGGAAAUGAAUAAACAGAAAGUUCUGUACCGA